AUGCAAGUAAAACACUAUAGAUUAAUAUCAGAACUUUAUACUCCUCAGAACAAGACUUCCUCAUCUGAAAACAUUUUUCGAGCAAGCAAAAUCAGCAGCAGCUCAUAGCCAAAAUUAUCACCACUUUUCCCCUCAAAAGCUACACUCAGCACAGGUCAGUCUUUCACUACAAAUGAAUCAGCCAUGAAAAUCUCCUCUAUCAUACCAAAAACACAUGACGAACGACCUUAUAGCAGGGUUACAACUGGAUUUCAGAAGAAUAGGACCUAUUUAGAUUGCAAAAGAUUAACAUCAUAAACUAAAUAUAUGCAGACCCUUGAUGAUUGGGAGAUGAACACAAUUGAAGAGAUUCAAAUGAGAAGAACUUCUAAUAAACAAACUAUUAAUUGCAAAUAAUUGUGUGAUAACAACAUUGUAAAUAAAAUGCAUUUCACAUCAUAAAGAAAGCUCAAAAAAAAUAGCAUGUCAAAAGUUAUUAUAAUAAAUCAUUAAGGUAAACCUAAAAUAUAUUAUUAUAUGCAAUGA